AUGACCUCCUUGGGAUUUACCUCCAACACUUCUCUUACUGACACCCCAACUGCUACUAGGCUGAGCUCGCAGUACCAACGUCGUGCAUCCAUCCUAAGAUGUGGUCAGGGUAUCGAUCGCCAACAGGCAAGAUAUCGAAUGAUCGAAAUCUCUAUUUCAUCAAGCGGUGCAGGAGACCUUUGGUUGGUUCAGUCGGAGGAAUCGGUUGUAGGCAGAAUAAAGGAAUGCGCAUCGUCAAAUGUCACUCCUCAAUCACAGCUCGGUACCAUGUCACGACCAUUAGGCUGCCUACAACUAUUCCUGAUCUCACAAAUUGUCGACCCAGAUGAUUCAGACAACUCCAACAUUUCCGUUGGAGGAGUGAGGGGUGAGAUAUCUCAGCUGCUAACGGCCGUCAUCUUGAGAGUUACGAUCGGCUUGCAAUCCACCGAGUUGGACUACAUCCUACCCACUACACCCAACCGCAAGAUACGGUUUUUAGCUUAG